AUGAUGCUGAGAAGAAUACUGUUUGAGUCCCGGCCAUUACUCGUCAAGAGAUCUUUUAGUCAAUAUUCACCCUUAUUACAACAUCGAUACACCAAAUUUAUACCAGAUAGAAUUGUACCAGAACUCCCGACAUUUUACUCUGCGAAUCCUCCCCAUGAAGACAAUAUAGCUCGAUUGGAAGCAUUGCUUCGUAAAUAUAUCAAAUUACCCACUGAAACUUCACUAAAUGGUUCUACGCCCGAUAGAAAAAGACACAACCAACCGUUGUGGAUUUCACUAGAGGAAUACAGAGCCAUUGGAGGGGGCUCGAGGCUAAAGCCGAUUCAAUACAAACAAUUACUCUAUAUUUUAAACAAAUUGAAUGGCAUUGAUCCGCAAUUAACCAAUGAGGAACUGAAAAUUGAAUUAUCUAAAUACUCAAGGAAUCACAGUGUGUCACAGGCUCAACACUUCAAGGUUCCCACAUUGGACGAAUUUGGAAGAAGUUUAGGUGUGGGUAGAAGAAAGUCCGCAACCGCAAAAGUAUAUAUCGUAAAAGGUACAGGUCAGGUACUGGUUAAUAACCGUCAAUUAAAUGAUUAUUUUGUGAAAUUGAAAGAUCGAGCAUCCAUUUUGCAUCCUUUGAAAGCUAUUGAUAGUGUGGGUAAAUUCAACAUAUUUGCAAUGGCGUCGGGAGGCGGUACCACUGGUCAGGCUGAGGCUAUAAUGCUAGCCGUGGGCAAAGCAUUGGUGGCAUUUAAUCCAUUGCUGAAAUCAAGAUUACACAAAGCAGGCGUGCUAACGACAGAUUACAGACGUGUUGAGAGAAAGAAACCAGGUAAAAGAAAAGCUAGAAAGAUGCCCGCUUGGGUCAAGAGAUGA